AUGUAUCUUCACAUGAAACUAAGGUGUGGCAAGAUCUCCACAGGGGACAUCGCCAUGAUGUGCGACAAGUGCUCAGGAAAGUGCUACAUCUGUGGCCUCGACGCAGGCACAUCACAAAAAAAAGUCUACAUCUGCUCCACAUGCUUCCAUUCAGCCUACAGGGACAAAUGUAUCGUCUGCAAGCUUAAGGAUCCAAAAAACAAUGCCUACUGCUGCAGAGAAUGCUGGCUUCUGCAGAAAAAUCAUGACAGAUGCCCCGUUCUUAUUCAAUAA